AUGAUCCAAAACCCGUUCAGUUCACAAUUCUCUUCAUUGGUUGAUAAAAAUAUGUCCUGUUCCAUUCGCUUCAACCCUCUUGAUGAGACAACUGAAAGGUGGAAGACAUUUUCGCCGAUUUAUGGUCUAGAGCUAACGGAAAACCCACCCUCCGGAAUAUCUGUUGGACUUAAAAACGAUUGCGAUCUCUUUAACUGGGAAGUCAUUGUCGAAGGGCCUACUGGGUCUUACUAUGAAGGGGGAUUGUUUCGAGCGGAAUUGUCAUUCCCCUCCGAUUUUCCCAACAACCCUCCUGAGAUGAAGUUUAUAUCAAAGAUGUGGCAUCCAAAUAUUUUCGAAGAUGGGAAGGUGUGUAUUUCGAUUCUCCACGCUCCUGGAGUGGACAUGUUUAACGAAUUCGAAACACAAGAAGAGCGUUGGCGCCCCAUUUUGUCAGUCGAGGCCAUUUUGAUUAGUGUACAAAACAUGCUCUCCGAGCCCAACGAGAACUCCCCUGCGAACAUCGACGCCGCCAAGCAGUACCGCGACAACCGCGCCCAGUUUAAGAAGCAGGUGCGCCGCACCGUGCAAGACUCGCUAGAAGAAAUGUGGAGUGUUUGUUAUAUACAAACAGCCAAGGAGAGAUCAUAA